AUGUGUAACCUUCGUCAAAGUAAUGACACUCGACCUGUAGUUUACUUGGACGAGACUUGGGUCAACCAAAAUCAUUCACGUGGUCAAAUUUGGCAAAAUGCCCAAAAUACGGAAGGAUUAAAGGUACCGACUGGGAAAGGAGGUCGAUUGCUUAUUUGUCAUGCUGGUUCAAGUAAAUUUGGUUUUGUAAAUGGUUCUAAAUUAGUAUUACGCUGUAAAUCAAGUGCUACACACCCAGAUUAUCACACCCAAAUGAAUGCCACUAUAUUUAAGAAAUGGUUUAUUGAUAUGUUGAAUAAUUUGGAAGAACCUUGCGUUAUAGUAAUGGAUAAUGCAAGUUACCAUUCUGUAUAUUCUGUCAAUUAUCCAAAAUCAAAUGCUAUUAAAUCAAGUGUUCAACAAUGGCUCAGAGAAAACGGAGUAGAUUUUUCUCCAUUGGAAACACUGAGUGAAUUACGUGAACGUGUUAAGUCAUUAAUACCUAAAGAAAAAAAAUACGAACUUGAUGAAAUCGCACUUCAAAUGGGCCAUGAAGUUGUACGUUUGCCGCCAUAUCACUGCCAAUACAAUCCUAUUGAGCUAAUAUGGGCACAGGUGAAAGGAGAAGUCGCUAAAAACAAUACCACCUUUAAAUUUGACGAUGUCGAAAAAUUGCUAAAUGAUGCAUUGGACUCAGUAACUGUUGACAAUUGGAAAAAAUGUACCGAUCACUGCCAUAACCUACAAGAAGAAGAUUUCAUAAAAGAAGGUUUAAGAGACGAAAUUUUGACACCAAUAAUACUGACAAUCAAUCCCGAUGACAGUAGUGAUAGCGACAGCGACAGUGAAGAAUUUUAA